CUCCUCUACUAAACUACAUCUCUACACUGCCCCUGCUGCGCAUACCGCCACUGCCUCUCAGCCCUGCAUCUACUCAGGAUACUCGCCAUGCCUCGGAAUCCAGGAGAGGUAAGGCGGAAGAACCACCAGCCACACGAGAGCCUCACCGCUAGGCCGGCGCAGCUCACGAUGUAGUAUCGUGAGCUAUUGUUAGGUGACUGAUCAUCCCCCAAUAUUCCACAUCAACACCUUAGCAUCUAGCUAGCAGCUCCGCAUACCCUCCAACAUGAAGACCACCGCCGCACUCCUAACUUCAAUCUUGGGCAUCGCCUCCGCGAUCCCCAUCGGCCAAACCAUAACCCCCACAACGAUCUCCCUCUGGCACAACACCGGCGCCGGCCUAAUCGAAUACGACGUCUCCAGCGGUCUGAUCUCGCGCGGCCAGCCCGAGCCGCUGCCCGCUGGCCACGACAUCUCCACGCUCAUGACCUUCGACUUCCCCUGGGCCUCCAACGGCAAGACCUGCGAGUUCAUGUUCGAGCUCACCGACAAGGGCAACUAUGUCAUCCUCGACACGCCCUUCUUCGAUGUCUUUAGGAGCAGCCAGCCCGCCACGCACAGCGGGCCCGGCAGCAACUACCGCGACACCCAGCUCGGCAGGAUGAAGGCUAUGAGCAUGGCCGACGCCGAGAAGCAGUGGGGCACGUUUACGUUCUCGUGCCCGGCGGGCCAGACGAAGGGGUUUGAGGUUGCGCCUACGGGCGAUAAGACGAAGAUUACGUGGAAUAAGGCGUUUGAUGGACCGUGGAUUCGGUUUUAUUAAGGAGGAAGGGCCAGAUGAGGUUGUUGUGUUGCAUGGCUUUUGGCACGAAGGGAAGAUGGAAGGUUGUUUUGAUGUUCUUUAGCAUUUCUGGCAUGGCGUACUGGAGCGCUUCUAGCGUUUGGAGGCGUCGACAGAAGGCAAAAUGUAUGAAUGGGACAUUCGCUGUUGACUUACCAGGACCCUGCUGCGCUUUACCCUUUUAGCAGAAGUCUGACUCCGAGUAUCAUAUACACUCGCAACACGCCCAUGCUCAGAAAGCCGCACCAUCCUUGGCCCCGACUACAGUCA